AUGGGACAGAGCCAUUCCACUCCUCUGUCCCUGACCCUUGAUCACUGGACUGAAGUCCGCAUAAGGGCUCAGAAUCUUUCUUUUUCAGUAAAGCGCCAGACCUGGCAGACUCUCUGUGCCUCAGAAUGGCCUGCCUUUGGAAUUGGAUGGCCUCCAGAAGGAUCUUUCUACUCCCCGCUAACGAAAAUCAGAGAUAUUGUUUUUCAGCCGGGGCCACAUAGCCAUCCAGAUCAACAGCCGUAUAUCUUAACUUGGCAGGACCUCUGUGAAUCUCCUCCUCCAUGGGUGAAGCCUUUUCUUGUCCCUGCUCCUGCUCCUACUCCUCCCCCCACGAUUCAAUCUCUCAAACCCUCUGCUCCUCCUCCACCCUUUGUUCUCCCUGAGUCUCAAGACCCUCUAAGUGAUUCCCCUGCUGCUGACUCAUCCUCUCCACCAUUGGAGGAAGCUGAGCCGGCCCAGUGCCCUCCAGAUGACUCCCCCACAGCACACACAGCCCAUCCUCCCCUGGAGGAAGCUGGCCCGGCUAAAGGAACUCGCCGACAGCGAAUGAUUAAAAACCCUGAAGCCCCCGUGAUACUUCCCCUUCGUCCUUAUGGGCCAAUGAUAGAGGAUGGCCAUGGUGGAGAAAUGCAAGCCUACCAGUAUUGGCCUUUCUCCUCUUCAGAUCUAUAUAACUGAAAAAAUAACAAUCCCCCUUUUUCUGAGGACCCCACCCGGCUCACAAGUCUGAUCGAGUCAUUGAUGUUUUCACACCAGCCUACUUGGGAUGACUGCCAACAACUCUUAGGCAUGACAGAGGAACGAGAGAGAAUCCUCCUGAAAGCAAGAAAAAAUAUCCUCGGACCAGAUGGGCGACCGACACACUUCCCCUUGGACCGACCCAACUGGGACCCUAACACCUUUGAAGGUAGGGAGCAUCUGUCCACUUAUCACCGGGCUCUAAUAGCGGGUCUCCAAGCAGCCUCUAGACUGCCAACUAAUUUGGCCAAGGUAAGAGAGAUUAUUCAAGGGCCUGAUAAAUCUCCCUCUAUGUUUCUAGAGAGAAUUAUGGAGACAUAUAGGAGAUAUACUCCUUUUGAUCCUCAGGCAGAGGAUCAAAAGGCAUCUGUUACGAUGGCCUUUAUUGGGUAAGCUGCCCUGGAUAUUAAAAGAAAAUUACAACGCUUAGAUGGAUUACAAGAUAUGACUUUGAGAGAUUUGGUCAGAGAAGCUGAGAAGGUAUACUAUAAGAGAGAAACUGAGGAAGAGAAGGAACAAAGGAGGGAGAAAGAAAGGCAGUAAAGGGAGGAUGAUAGAAACAAAAGACAGACUAAGGCAUUGACUAAGGUCCUGGUCACAACAACAAAUAGGCCAGAAGUUAAGAGACAGGGAGACAGAAAGGGAUACCUGGGCCCACGCCAAAAGCCACCUCUGGCCUCAGAUCAAUGUGCCCACUGUAGAAAAAAAGGACACUGGGCCAAAGAGUGCCCUAGAAAGAAACAUCCACGCCAGCCAGCCAUUCUAACUCUGGAGGAUGACUAAGAAAGUCGGGGCUCGGAUCCCCUCCCCGAGCUCAGGGUAACUUUUGAAGUGGAGGGGAUCCCAGCAAACUUUAAAGUGGAUACAGGGGCAGUAUACUCAGCCCUUAAGGCCCCAUUGGGCCCUCUAUCAACUAAAAGGUCUCUAGUUCAAGGGGCUAAUGGCAGUAAAUAUCGGGCUUGGACAACUAGGAGGACCAUGGACCUGGGGAAAGGAAAAAUCCAUCACUCCUUCCUAGUGAUCUCAGAAUUAAAACAACCUCCAAUAAUGGUGGAGUUAAAAACCUCAGCCUCCGCAAUUAAUAUUAAACAAUAUCCUCUGAGCAAAGAAGCUAAAGAUGGGAUAAGGCCCCAUAUUCAGAAAUAUCUGGCCUUAGGGGUCCUAAGGCCCUGUCAAUCAGCCUGGAACACUCCCCUGCUACCAGUAAAAAAGCCAGGAACCGGGGACUAUCACCCCGUUCAAGACCUAAGAAAGAUCAACAACAGAGUGCAGGACAUUCACCCCACAGUACCUAAUCUAUUCAAUCUGCUUAGCACCCUUAACCCUGAACAAAAAUGAUAUACUGUCCUGGACUUAAAAGAUGCUUUCUUUUGCUUGCCUCUGCAUAAAAAUAGUCAGUUGCUGUUUGCUUUUGAGUUGGUAGACCCAGAAACCGGAACGUCUGAUCAACUAACUUGGACCAGAAUCCCACAGGGGUUCAAAAACUCCCCCACUCUCUUUGAUGAAGCCCUCCACAGAGAUCUCAACAACUUCAGAACUACACACCCCGAGGUCACCCUGCUUCAAUAUGUGGAUGACCUGCUACUGGAAGCCGAUACCAAGAGAAACUGUAAGUCUGGGACCCAAGCACUGUUAUCCGAGCUUGCUCAACUUGGGUAUAGAGCUUCUGCCAAAAAGGCCCAAAUUUGCCAGCAAGAAGUAAUCUUCCUGGACUAUUCCCUUAGGGGCAGUAAACGAUGGAUCACUGAGCCCAGAAAACAAACCGUUGUGCAGAUACUAUCCCCAUCUAACAAGAGGACAAAUGAAGAAGCUAAAUUGGCAGCCCUAAACGGAAUAACCAUGUUAACACUUUCCAUACGGGGGAAAUAUGAGUCAGGAGAUUUAACUACAUCAGAGCACCCCGACAACUUAACAUCUAAGGACACUGACACUGAACUCCUUGACUACACUGAGCCUAGCUUGCAAUUUCAGAAAGCCCUACACUAUGUUAAAAAUGUACAUCAACUCACUCACCUUGGUUCAAAGAAACUGCAGGCAUUCCUAAAGGAUCAAGAACAGAGUUUUCUACUAACCGGCUCACAGCGAAAAAAAAAAAAUAGCUGA